UUUUCACACCAUUCAGUCGGCACUUCUCGGCCAGGACGGAACCAAUAGCAAAAAAAGGAAACGGAACACGACACGGAAUCCUCAAACCAAAAAAAAACAUUCAAACUAUACAGGAUUCUAACCCGGGGACCGUUGAACUUCGUGCCCCUUUCCCAGUGGUGUCCGGAGAAAAAGUUUGGAAAGUGAAAAGAGGAAUCCAAAUUAAGAACUGAGUGUAUCUAUUUCUUCUUUUUCCUGAGGGGUGUUUUGGCGGCCAGGAAAAUGAACGGGUGAAAAGUGUGUCGUCCUGGCUGCGGCCGUUCUUGUACUUUUCGCAAGUGAAUUUCCGUUUCCGUCCGGGAAUGUUGUUUUCGUCAGAAGUAGCAGCUCGCCGUUGAAGUUAGUCUUUUAUUAUUGGUGCAUCCAACUUGCGUGUGUUCCUUCGUCGAAGCAAAGGAGAAGAAAUUGCGGAGAUCGUGUCAGUGAUUAAGUAGUUUUUCUGUAGUUUUCUUUGCUGAUGAACUUUACUUACCUUCAAAAAACCAUCUGCCUAGCUCUAGGCUGAAGGUGAAGAAAACUUUUCUCUUUUUCCGAUCGAACGAAAACAAACCUAGAAAAUUUUUUUUCCCAUUCCAGUAGUUUUGCAUUCCCUUAGACCGGGACCCCGUUGGUGUGAAUUUAUAGAUUUUUGUGGUGCGAGGCGAGUACGUUGUCUGGAACUAUUUUGGUUUGCAGUCCUCCCAGAUGGGGUGAACGAAUCGCUUCAAGGGUUUUGUGUUUGAUAUCUUAAGGACAGGACUCGAACAUUGAGUAACAGUUCUGCUACACGAGGAAACCAGGAAGACGCAUAAAAUUUACCAUGUCGAAGCUCAAGCUUGUCGAUGGAAGGCCCAUCGAAAUGGAUGAAGCAAUCGAACUUCGUCAAGCGAUUUUCGGCUCCGCAACAAGUCCACCACGAGGCGAAUGGACCAGGACCGGUAUCAGUAUGGGCCCAUUCAAUGCAGAAUAUCCGUACGGCCUCCGAUCGCCACGGAACGCAACUCGCGGGAUGCAAUCGGUCCUGCAGGCCUUCAUAAUCAAACACUUCAUAUUCGACUCGAAGCGAGGCGAGAAGACGGUUCCACUGGAGGAAAUGCUCAAACCGACCGAAGCACAACAGCUACAGGCUCUCUACCUUGCGAUGUCGGAAAUUCUGUGGACUAUUGGAGAGAAGAUCAAGGCGAUCGUGGCCUUGCCGGGAGAGAAUUCACUCAUUCAGCACUGUCCAGCGUACUUCCAGGACAAUGUUACCGAGAAGCUGUUCUUUUUCGAGUUUUUCUCUCUGGAUGAGUUGCAGAUCUUUUUGAAGCGGUAUCUGCCCUAUUUCACGGAGAAUCCUGGACCAGGGGCUCUUUUACUUUUGUACAGUGCAGUGAUGACAAGAGGUUUGGAUAACAUGCGUAACGACCUCGAUGCUCCUAAGGGAGCUCACUUGAUCGGACCUCACGAGGAAGGGUCGUUGAACAUAGUAACGUUGAUGCUCACGGGUCGAGCGACGCCCUACCUUCACAACGGAGUGGUGUACGUUGGCGAUGAAGAUCAUUACGCCUUGCCCCAGUUCGGUAUCCUGAGCCGAGGUUGCAUCGGCAUCAUGGUCUGGGAGGGGGACAACGAGGCCAUGAGCAGUUCCUCGCGACAACCUGGGUCCCGCCUUAAAACCCCGGCCACCCCCAUCUGGGUCAGCAGCUGUUGCGGUCACUACGGAGUUCUGUUCAACUCGAACCGGGAACUGCUCCGCAACUACCACGCCGAGAAACGCUUCGAACUCCACUACUACACCCUGGCCGGUUGCUACCUCUCGAUGACGGUGGAUAAUCGGCAGCAGGAGGACGGCGGCGACGAACUCGAGGGAGACGGCGAAAGGAAGCAAAACGAUAUAACGUCAACGCCGCUGGAACGGUUGAUCCACACCAAGUGGAUGGAAGCCAAGAUCACCUAUCAUGGGCCCCUUCCAGCCUCACUGAACGUUUAAAUCGUUCGUGCUGAUCCCUUCGGGUCUUCCCUUGAUCAAGAUUCUUCUAGUUCCAGUAGGAUCGUGGGCAGCGUUGAAAGCAGUGUUGUUUUAAGUAACAAUGGUAUUUUUAAGGUUUGGCAACGCUGUUUUGGGUUCAAAUUGAACGGUGUUUGUGAGACCUUGGCUUGAGGUGUAGAUGGUUGUGAUUAAGGUUAGGCAGAUAGGACAUUACCAACGUUUCAGCUCAUCACAACUUGAACCCGGAACAUCGUUGAAAAAAAUAUGAAAAAUCAUUUGCAGAAAUUUAUAACGAAGCAUAGAUGAAUACGUAGGAAAUGUAGAUUAAGGUUUGUUAGGAACGCUAUACAAAAGUCACAUCAAGUGAUAAGUUGAACCUAAUGUAGGAUUGUUCAAAAAAAAGUUUAUAUUGAUCAAAUAAAGUUGUAUCGGAGUAAAUUUUGAAUUUAAGAUUUCUACGAAAACGAUAUUCAAGUCGCAAGAUUGAGAUCAAUAAAUUGAUUGAUAACCUAUGAAACAUUGA